AGCAAAACGUGCGGUGCCAUCGUUUGCAAUUCCGUUCGGGAUAUUUUGUCGUCUUUCGCCAUCCAGAACUCCGAUUUCGAAGGUGCUUUCAAUUGCUCGGAUACCGUUGCGUAAAGUGUCUGGAAGAGAUACAUUUGUGCAACCCGUGAAAUAGGAACGGUCGCUGUGACAACAUGCCUCCAGUUGAGAAACAGGAAGAGGUGGAGAGUACAAUCGACGAUCCAUCCGUCGUCGAGAAGUACAAAGUUGCCGGUGAAAUUGUGAAUCGAACGCUUCUAACAGCGAUUCGAGCAUGUGUUGUCGGUGCGUCGGCCAAAGCGAUUUGCCAGAAGGGUGACAGCAUGUUGCUACAGGAAGCCGAGAAGCACUACAAAAAUGAAGAAGGUAUGAAGAAAGGCGUCGCCUUCCCGACAUGCCUGUCGGUGAACAACUGCAUCUGUCACUUCUCGCCAUCUCGCAACGAUCCCGACUACGUGCUGAAAGAGAACGAUGUUGUGAAGAUUGACCUGGGAGCACAUAUCGAUGGGUUCAUUGCAGUAGCGGCUCACACGAUCGUGGUUGGUGCAACACCGGAGUUGAAGUGCAAAGGACGAUCGGCCGAUGUCGUGCUGGCAGCAUACUACGCCAGUCAAGCUGCGUUGCGUCUACUGAAGGACGGUAAUAGCAACUAUGCGAUCACGGAGGCAGUGCAGAAGAUUGCGUCCGCCUUCGAAUGCAAACCGAUCGAGGGCAUGUUGAGCCAUCAGCUGAAGCAGUUCCGGAUCGACGGUGAAAAAACCAUCAUCCAGAAUCCAUCGAUUCCGCAAAAGAAGGAGCACGAGAAGUGCCAGAUCGAGAAGUACGAAGUGUACGCCAUGGAUGUGCUAAUCAGCACCGGCCAGGGACUUGGCAAGGAGCUGGACACAAAAGUGUCCAUCUACAAAAAAACGGAAGAAAAUUACCUGCUCAAGCUGAAAUCGUCCCGUGCGUUCUACGCUGAGGUGAAAAAAAAGUACGGGCCAAUGCCAUUCAAUCUGCGCAAUUUCGAGGAGGAAGCGAAGGCCAAAAUGGGCGUUACCGAGUGUGUAACGCACAAACUGGUGGAACCUUUCCAAGUAUUAUACGAAAAACACAAUGAAUUCGUUGCUCAGUUCAAAUAUACGGUCCUCAUUUUGCCGAAUGGCUUACAAAUUGUUACGGGCUACCCGUUCGAAGCGGCAUGCUACGAGAGUGAGCACAGCGUCGAGGACGAGGAGAUGAAGAAGCUGCUCGCCACGGACCUGGUUCUGGCGAACAAACAUAACCCGUUGAUCACUCUUCCCGAUGCUUCAGGACUCGGAAAGGACAAGAAAAAGCGGCGCAAGAAAAACAAAAACAAGGCUGCAGCUGCCAGUACCGCCGAUAAGGCGGAAGCGGAGAGUGGCGAAGAUGAGGAGGAUGAUGCCCCAACGAAGGCAUAACAGCAGACCGAUUGACUGUCUUUCCUCAUCGAUUGCUCUUUAUACCGGAUAAACACACUUGAUGUCGACUCAAUUAAAGUUUCAUCGCUCGGUGGAAACUCCCUUUGUUUUCUACAAACCCAUCAAACAAAACUGCCUUCCUGCGAAAGGAUUGCGAUUGCGGACGUGAUCGUGUCUAAAAAUAGCCUGUUGGCAAGGUAGUCGCUCUUAGCGCCAUCUCGCGGCGAAUUCAUCGCCCGUAACAGUUAUGGCUCGACUAUGGCAACGUAAAUUGUUUAUAGAAGUAUAAAGUCUGCACGAAUAUCACAAGACUUUUUCGUUUUUCCUUUCGAAAUCGUGAUUUUUGUGAAAAUUCUCGAUGUGUGGACUUAAAUUUCGCUCUCCUUUCCGAACUGACCUUGUGUUACUUCAUUCAAUUUUUCAAUGUUAAUGUUUUUUUCGUUUACUUUUUAGCCGUUUUAAGCUAGUGUUUUUAAAGCAUACCUUUGUUUGAAGCAUGGAAAGUGCAAACCCCAACUUUGUCACCCUAUGUUAACACUUUUUUACAAUAAACUCUUUAGUACGUU